CAAUACUAGGAUUACUAGGUUAUGUGCGUGUGCGUGAGCGGGGUAAGUUGGUAGUGCAGUUUUUGAAGAAGCGGACGAUGUUGGAGAGGAUGACGCUAGAGAUUCGGAAGCAGCUCAUUAGUCACACCGUGGAGACCAAGGACUCUGAAGAACUGAAAUUACCGCGUCGACCGCGUCUAACCGUCGAACGUCGGAAGCCGAUUCCUCAUAAUCCUCAUUAUUCUCGAUCGGUCGUUCAAAGCCUGGUCAAUGCUCAGCUCGACUGUCAAACGAUUGAAGAAGCUUUGACAAGUAUUCGUUAUCGAAUCUGGCUCGGAGAUACAAAAAUCUGUAAAUUCAUCGAAGGAUCAUCCACCGCAGCGUCCCGCUGCGGCUUCGUCCAACGGAUUCCUUCGAAUACGGAGAUCGCGGCGCUCUCUGGUGGCGAAAACCAUAAGCGCGACAUUUCUUAACGAAUAAAAUGAGUUUUUUGAACUGCCCGCGUCACACGCGAGACCUGCAGGAACCGAGGCUGCGUUUCCGAUAAAUUUCAGGGGUUUCCUGACUUUUGUAAACGACUGUCAGACAACUGUGACGGCGCAUGGGACUGAAAUAUUCUACUUCCGACAGUUCCGACCACACUCGCACGCGCUCGUUGCCCUUAUUCGCGCAUGGACGCUCGACGCACUCGGAGAAAUGGGGGAAAAACUAUCGCGAUCGCUUCUUCGAGUGCAGUGGGAUCGGUCGAUCGUGAAACAACAGUGAGCGUUGCUUCCCCGAAUCCGAGUAUUUGUCCCGACUUUUUCCUCCGCGGGAUUGAUCCGCGAUGAAAGACAUUCGGGACUGGCCCAAUCCCUCACGGAGCCUGCGACGAGUUAUAACGCGGUUAUUGUGAAGUAUCAGGAGAGGCAAACCGUCCAAUUGUGAAUUUCCAUUCGAUAAACGCCCAAGGCAGAGUGAAUAUUGGGAAAAAGGUGUUCGAAAGUUUCAACAGGGGAGAAGAGAUCUAGGAGAAAAACUGCACAGGGUUCCGAGGAAGCAGAAAACAUCGUAAUAAAAAGUGAUCAAUAAAAGAUGCAACGAGGGGUGAAACGCCAGAGCAACAAUUGGACGCUUAGACCGUUACGAUAUCUUCAGUAUUGGAAGUAUCGAAAAAUCGUUUAAGUUGCCUUGAAAUAUUCUAUAAUUAAAUAUCAAAUUGAAAUUCUUCGAGUAAAUCUUCCAUCGUGAAAUUAUAUUAAGUAGAAAGACUGGCAAAAAGCAACGCGUUCAAGAUAAACGGCGUGAUGUAAUUCGAACCUCAUUAUUCUCCAUUAUUAUUAUUAUUGUUUUACUUGGCUGUGAUUUUAAUUAUAGACAAAAUGCUCGUAAUAUACACGGUUAAACGCAAAACUAAUUCUCUCGAAUGAAUAAAGUUCUGUUUAGUUAAUAAAACAGAAUAUCUUAAUAUAAUAAUCGUCGUAUUGCUGAUAAUAAUCAUUAUUAUAAUACUAAUAUUGAUGAUAAUGUUAGUGAUGCUAAUAAUAAUAUCACCACAAUACGUUUGAAAGACUGACUAUAAAAUACUUUUAAGAAUCUAUAUUUUCUCGCUGUACAAGUUAAAUUUGAGCAACAUCCGGAGCGUGUAAAACCGUUAAUCCUCCUCAUCGAUCGACCACUAAUCGUCAUUUGAUAAAUUCCCCUUUUCUCAUAAUUUCGGGGACACGGCUUUAAGAGUAGAUACAAAAAUGAGAGACGAGUGCGAAUACUUUUAAAAAUAACUUACGUCGAAGUAUGUGCAUUUUCAGUGGACCAAAAAGUGAAACCAAAGAGUUCGUUGAAUGGGAAAAUUCGUAAUUUUUCGUCGCGAAAUUAUCAACGAGAGAAAUACCAUGAAGAGAAUGAGAGUCAACGGAGGACACACGCGUAACGGGAAUUUCGUUCCAAAAGACUUUGAGAAGCUCGAAAGUAUUUGAGAGUCUAGGCCCUGAGAGUGCCCGGUCCGGGAACGGUGGGGAUGAUCGAGAGUCACGAAAUCAUGAGAUUUUCGGAAUUGGCAAGAAAAUCUUGAAAGCACUUUCCCUCACUCGCUUCCUCCUGACAUGCCCGGAGCUUCACAAUCUCCACGGAAAUCAGCAUCGAAGACGCAACACGAAAUACGAGAAGCGGAAUCGGGAAGAUUUGAAUUGACCGAGUUGAAAAAAGCGGUUUGAGAGGGCGCUGCGUCAGCGGCGCGACGUGUAGUUAUGUGGGCCAGGGAGAAUAAGGUUCGAAGGCGUUGAAAGCGGCGAUGCGGGACCUUAACGUUACCGCUUGUGCCGCUUUGUACGAGGAUGUCGAGUGGUCAGGCGCUGGUAUCGUUGCAACCCUCGUCGUACUCGCGAUCGUCGACGUAAUGGUGAUACUGGGCAACGUGCUCGUCAUCCUCGCGGUUUACCACACGACCAAGCUCAGAAACGUCACUAACAUGUUCAUAGUCAGUCUGGCGGUUGCCGACCUUCUCGUCGGAGUCGCCGUCUUGCCUUUCAGCGCGACUUGGGAGGUUUUCAAGGUCUGGAUAUUCGGUGAUAUUUGGUGCUCCGUUUGGCUUGCCGUUGAUGUUUGGAUGUGCACCGCUUCGAUCCUCAAUCUUUGCGCUAUAAGUCUCGAUCGAUAUUUAGCUGUUACGAGACCCGUCAGUUAUCCACAGAUAAUGUCACCGAAAAGAGCAAAACUGUUAGUAGCUGCGGUGUGGGUGCUCAGCUUUGUCAUAUGUUUCCCGCCCCUCGUUGGUUGGAAGGACCAGAGGCUUCAUCCCCCGCACAAUGUUACGUUCGGGCACAGCGGACCGUACAACACGACAACGAUUCUCAUACCGGUUAAACCUUGUCCGUGGAUCUGCGAGCUCACCAAUGACGCUGGUUACGUCGUCUACAGCGCCCUCGGUUCCUUCUACAUACCGAUGCUAGUCAUGCUGUUUUUCUACUGGAGAAUUUACAACGCUGCGGUAUCUACAACCAAGGCGAUCAAUCAAGGCUUCCGGACGACGAAGGGCUCGAAGAUGCUGGGCUCGAGAUUCGACGAGCAACGUUUGACGCUGAGGAUACACAGGGGACGCGGAAGCGUUCACAACGGGAGCAGCAACAACGGAAGUCCCAGGAGCCCCGAAUCCGGGAGAAGUUCGGUGAGACGUGAAAGAAUCAAAAUAUCAGUAUCGUAUCCAAGCACCGAGACUCUCAACACGAAGUGCAAUACCCUCGAACGCACGCCGUCCAGAUGCUCUCAAGUCUCGGUCCACUACAGCAACGGACAAACGCAGAGUCAGUUGUGCCCGAGCUCGAAAAACACCCAUUUGAAGGUAGGCGGAAUCAAUCGAGUUGGCAGCAACAAAAGACCCAGUAGGAGGAGCAGCUGCGAAAGCCAAAUGACUGGUGACGAAGUCUCUCUGCGAGAACUCAGUCAGAGCAGUGAGGAGAAGCCACGGGUUAUGAAAAUGGGCAAAAGGAACAUUAAAGCCCAGGUUAAGAGAUUCCGGAUGGAAACAAAAGCUGCUAAGACGCUGGGGAUAAUAGUGGGUGGUUUCGUUCUCUGUUGGUUGCCGUUCUUCACGAUGUAUCUAGUUCGUGCCUUCUGUCCAAACUGCAUCCACCCAACGGUCUUCAGCGUCUUGUUUUGGCUCGGUUAUUGUAAUUCUGCGAUAAAUCCCUGCAUCUACGCGUUAUUCAGCAAGGACUUCAGGUUCGCGUUCAAGAGGAUAAUAUGCAAUUGUUUGUGCACGAGAGGACGGAGUGGCCUGCGACGCGGUAGUGACGGAAGCCAGUUGGCAGCGGCCAGAACCGAAAGAAGCCCAAGUUAUUCUAUUCGUGUGCCUCAUCACGGAGUUUCAAUCGAGGAUUCCGAUUUAGAUCCGAGCUCCGAGCACAAUGUUCAUUCCCAGAGUGACUCCAGAUGACUGUAGCACGCCAGGGCGGGCGCGCAUCGCGUCGCCUUUGACCCGAGGACUUCCGAGGUCAGUUUCACGGCGCGUUCAUCGCACAACAGGCUGACGAGGGUCGAUCGUUAACGCGACAAAUGAGCCAAGAUUAUUCAAUAAAGAAUAUUGUUGCGACGCAGGGUAGCAGAGAAUAAAAAUACUUAACACUGGAAACAAACGCGAGGACGCGUCGUCAUAAAAUCCGACGAUUCGUCUUGUUUCUCGUGAUAAAAAUGAAGCCUCGGAAAUACGAGAAUCUACGGCCAUAAGUUGAUCCAUUGAAAUAAUCGGAUCGAUUCCCCGACGAAAUGUUGUAUUCUAGUCGUUACUCGAUAAGACUCAAUUGUGUACGAAGGACGAAUUAAGAGUGUGAGGAGGCUUCGAAUGAAAGAAUAUUAUUGCGUGCGUGAUAUAAUAAAUUGUGAAUAAAUGACUAUACGGAAUAUACAAGACGAUCGUGCGACGAGAAAUCUCGUGAAAAACGAACGCACAAGAGAACUCGAAUGUAUGUGAAACAGUGUAUGUCAACCAAUAUAUGUAAAGUUAUAUAUGUAUCACGAUGUUAUCAAAUAUUAAUUAAUUAUUAUUUUUACUAUUAUUAUAUAUAUAUAUAUAUAUAUCUAUACAUAUAUGAAUGUUUAUUCAAACCGAACGUUUCUUUUGUUUUCGUUAAUCUCUCUUUUAGUUGUUCGUUUAAUUUAAACUGGCGCCUAUUAAAAUAACGACGAUAAACGAACGAUAUGAUGUAUGAAUGUUGAGCAUAGUGGGUGGCCUCGUCGAAAUGACCAACGGACAGGACAUUCUUCGUGUCCACCGGACUAUCUCAUACGUAAAUAUACCACUACAAACUGCUCCCAUUCAUGUUACACAUUUAUUGUCGUUGAAAAAAGAAAUGAAAAAAUCAAGCCGAAGAAAAAUAAAAGGGGAAAACCCAAAAAUAACUAUCUAGACGUAAGUCAGACAAGCAAGAAGUGAGAUAAUGUUAAUAAAUAUGAGGAAAGUCGAAAGUGAGAA